GUGUGUGUGUGUGUGUGCUGGGUACAGUGUUGUACAGUGCACGGAGAUGACGGAUCAUGUGUUUGUAGUGUCUGACGGCGAAAACGCCUUCAGUCAAUAAGUUCAAAAUUAGUUAAGAGAAAUUAAUCUUGCUAGAGUACACAAGAACUCCGGGUGGGUCACAUAAAGAAGGCAGUGUUGUAAUUUAAUCCUCCAAAUUGAAGCCAGUCAAGAGGGUCAAAUUUCAGAAAGGUGUGAUGAUCUGAUGAGACGUCCUGAUGGCAAAACGCCACAGUUAUUAGAGAGAUGAGUGACGACAGCUGUCGGGACAGGAGGAGCGUCCCCCGAAGGGAGUGGUGAGCAGCUCAACGUGCAACAAGAAAAAGAUUCUUUCAUCAGAUCCAGGUUGAGCAGCUGAACUUGGCGACAGCGGAAAGAUGAGUGUCCGGCAGUUGGCCAACUCUGAGCAAGUGAGCGAUUCUCCGGCGGUGACGAAGGAACUCCGGCGCGCCCUGUGACUCCCAGCCCUGCCUCUGACUCCUGCUGAAUGCGGAAAGCCUAGGAUGGAAGCCCCAGCACAUGCAGCCCCGACGCACUGGAACCACACUCUGAUCCGAUACCUGACCUCCUCCGAACGCGCCGCCGCCGCCAUCCGCCGCCCCGCUGUCAUCCCCGGCCAAUCAGGGACCGCCGCCAAAGGGUGACCAGCCUCCAGGAUGUUUGUCAAUUUCCGUAGGAUACGGAAAUGUCAGUUGGUGCAGCUGAUGACCACCUGCCUGGUGCUGUCGGUGGUGAUGAUCUGCUGGGAGCAGCUGGACAACAGCGUCGUCAGCCACGUCAAGUCCUACUCGUACCGUUACCUCCUCGUCAACCAGUUCACCUGCAUCAACAAGAGCCUCACCAUCCCCCGCGAGCAGGCCCGGAGCUUCAGCAGCUUCCACUACCUGCUGAACCACCCGGGUAAGUGCGCCGACCGGGACGUCCUCCUGCUCCUCUUUGUCAAAACGUCCCCGGAGAACAUCGAGAGGCGGAACGCCAUCAGGUCCACCUGGGGCAAUGAGACCUACAUCCGCCACGCGCUGGGGGUGACCGUCAAGGUGCUGUUCGCUCUGGGCUCGGUCCAGACCAAGAGGGAGGAGCCGGCGUGGAGCAAGAGGAGCGGCGUGGGCUUCCAGGAGCGCCUGGUCCGGGAGGACCGCCUGCACUCCGACCUGAUCCAGCAAGACUUCCUGGACUCUUUCCACAACCUGACCCUGAAGCUGAUCCUGCAGUUCCACUGGAUGCACAAGCACUGCGCGCACGCGCGCUUCCUCAUGACCGCCGACGACGACGUCUUCGUGCACAUGCCCAACCUGGUGGGCUACCUGCAGGAGCUGAGCAGCAGGGGCGUGGCGGACUUCUGGGUGGGCCGGGUGCACCGCGGGGCGCCGCCCAUCCGCGACCGGAGCAGCAAGUACUACGUCCCCCUCGAGAUGUACCGGUGGCUGUCCUACCCCGACUACACGGCCGGCGCCGGCUACGUGGUCUCCAGCGACGUGGCGCACAAGAUCUACCACGCCACGCUGACCCUGAACGCCUCGCUCUACAUCGACGACGUGUUCAUGGGCAUCUGCGCCAACGCGGUGGGCGUGUCGCCGCAGGAGCACGUCUACUUCUCCGGGGAGGGCAAGGCGCCGUACCACCAGUGCAUCUACAGCCAGAUGAUGACGUCGCACGGCCACGUGGAGGACAUCCACGACCUGUGGAGGGCGGCGACGCACCCGCGCGUCAAGCAGCACACCUCCGGGCCGCUGGGGAGGCUGUACUGCACCGCCGCCAAGCUGGCGCUGCUCUGUAAACCCUACUACUUCAACACCUACCCCUGCAAAGCGGCGUUUUUGUAGUAGUAUAACGGUGUGUGUGUGUGUGUGUGUGCAUGAGCGCGUCAGUCAGUCAGUCGAUUGAGGAUCACCGCUGGAAAUAAUUACCUCAGUCCUUUCAGUCGGACAUCCGUGUCGGAGCGGCGUGAGACCAGCGGCGGCCUCGCAGCUUGACACGGCGGGAUUUACGUACGUUGACCGUAGAAUGUGAACCAAGGAACUUCGAACAGAUGCCACGAACAUGCGACUCAAACUCAUGAGUUUUGUUUUUGUUUUUUUUUUCCACAAACGGGAUUCCAGCCGGCUGGUACGUUUUCUCUGCCAGCCGCUACUUCACUGUCUUGGUUUUUGCACCUUUUCCUCGACCAUGACGCACCGUUGACCUGCCCAGAAAAUGUGGAACUCAAAUAAAACAGGAUUAAGAUACUGGCAUUUUAUUUAUUUUAUUACAAAAAGAGCAUAUGAGGCUAUAGGUGUGUGUUUUUCAACAUGUGGAGGCGAGGCGGUGCAUUGAUGUGUUGAGUGAGUCAGGAGGACACGUCAAGCCGAAAAACGUCUCCACGAAGUGCGAAAGAAUAAAGUGACGUGAUCCCAGAGGGCGGGGGUGUGACGGUAUGACGAGAAGCAAGCUGCUUUUGUGAAAAAAAAAAAAAAAA